CUGUGUGUGUGUCCAUGCAUGGGUAUGUGUUCCUGUGUGUGUCUCUUUUUGUGUGAGUGUGUGCGUCUUCAUGUAUAUGUCUGUUUCUGUGUGUGUGUGUGUCCCUGUCUGUUCUGUAGGUUUUCUCGUCUCACACUGAUCCCAGAUCAGGUGAUAAACAGAGUCUAAUCUCAUUGUAGCUGAGACUCUACAUACCGCUCAGUGUUUAUUAUUAACUGCCCGGACUAAAGAGCUUCUCUUUAACAAUCACGGUAUGAGAGAGAAACAUUUCUUUUAUUUUAAAUUGUUUAGUGAAUACAGAAUAAGAGUCAUCAGGAUUGAGAUUUUCUUUUCUAUUCUCAUAUAAAAUUGUUUAUUAAACUUAAAACUAAUUCUUUACUAAAUAAAUGUAUUUCUGUCAUCAAUUUUAACAAAUCGCACUGGUUUUGGCAGAAUUAUAAAUUUCUUUUUUAUUAUUUUUGUACAAUAUUUUAAAGGUUGCAUUUUUCAUAAAUUUAGAAUAGAAUUGAGUCUUAACGCUUUGUACAGAAAAGGUUCAGAACCUUUAAUCCUACGAGGAACCUUGAUGAACUUGUGUAAAAGUGAGUUGUUAUUUAUUUAUUUAUUUAUUUCUGCCCCUGAACCCGGGUGGUUAGAGGUGUGAGGGUUGAGCAGGUUUGAGCUCUGUCUCUGACGUCACUGAAGGACACUGAAGGAGGAUUUAGUGCGAGUGCUGCGUUGGUUUGCGUGACGCUGGAACUCGCCGUCUCUCUGAAGCGUUUCUGCGUCCCGUCCCACAGGAAGUUGCUGGUGAACAUGUACUCGUCAGGACUGAAGACUUUAUCCCCUGUGAACGUGUUCCACUCGCAGCUAAGCUCCUUACCACCGCGGCAGCAGCAGGGAGAUGAACAGAGACGCCGCGUUUUGACCUCCGCUUCCUAUCGUGAAGAGGCUGAUGUGAGCUGUGAGUACGGCUCUAAUAAAUACUACGCCCUGUGCGGGUUCGGAGGCAUCCUGAGCUGCGGUCUCACACACAUCGCCGUCGUGCCUCUAGACCUGAUCAAAUGUCGCAUCCAGGUAAACCCAGGUAAAUACAAGUCCAUCUUUAACGGCUUCUCUGUGACCGUGAGAGAGGACGGGCUCCGGGGUCUGGGCCGAGGCUGGGCCCCGACGUUUAUCGGCUACUCCAUGCAGGGUCUCUGUAAGUUUGGCUUCUACGAGCUCUUCAAAGCGCUCUAUAAUGACACGCUCGGAGAGGAGAACGCUUAUCUCUGGAGAACAUCUGUGUACUUGGCUGCUUCUGCCAGCGCUGAGUUCUUUGCUGAUGUUGCUCUGGCCCCCAUGGAGGCGUGUAAAGUGCGCAUCCAGACUCAGCCAGGCUACGCUAGAACACUGAGGGAGUGCGUCCCUAAAAUGUAUGCAGAGGAGGGGCUGUGGGCGUUUUACAAAGGUGUGUAUCCUCUGUGGCUGCGUCAGAUCCCCUACACCAUGAUGAAGUUUGCGUGUUUCGAGCGCACCGUGGAGAUGCUGUACAAGUAUGUGGUGCCCAAACCUCGCAGUGCCUGCUCCAAACCCGAGCAGCUCGUCGUAACCUUCAUCGCUGGUUAUAUCGCUGGUGUGUUCUGUGCUGUGGUUUCGCAUCCGGCCGACUCGGUGGUGUCUGUGCUGAACAAGGAGAAAGGAAGCUCAGCCGUACAGGUGCUAAAGAGGUUGGGACCUGAGGGCGUAUGGAAAGGGCUGUUUGCUCGCAUCAUCAUGAUUGGCACGCUGACUGCACUGCAGUGGUUCAUUUACGAUUCGGUGAAGGUUUAUUUCCGCAUGCCGCGCCCACCUCCCCCAGAGAUGCCUGAGUCUCUGAAGAGGAAGAUGAGUUUGGUGGGGCAAUAGAGAAAACACACACACACACACACACACUAUUGAAACAUUGCAUGUGAUUUCCCCAGUGCAUGAGAGUGACAUGAAUUCUGGAGUAAAGUUUAUAAUAUUAAAAGCUCAAAGUGUUCAUAAUG